AUGAUUCAGAGGAGUCGCUCGACGGACACAAACCACACGAUGAGUCGGCCCUUUGACACUCUGCAUGGUCUGACUCAGUUUGGAGCAGAUGCAGUACAAGGCUCCGUUUUGGGGUCAUGGCGGCAAGAUCUUGAGACGGACAUCGCCACGGGAAUCUCUGGCUUACUGCACGAUGAGAGGAGUCGUGAUGAAGGUCGGGAGUCAGGAGACAGCGACUCAUCCUUCGAGUCCUGUGAGACUCCCAUGCCCCAGCGCGGUGGCCUUCGCUACUGGGCACCUCGACUUUAUGCGUGGUUGGCGCCACGGGUGGGAAAUCGAGCCAGGUGUGCCAUUGCGCUGACAUUCGCGGUGCUGGAGGGUUCGAAAGAAAGAGCUUGGGACUUUGCUGGGCACGAGGUGAACUACUUGUCCAUUCAGGUCAUGGCCUGUGCUGUCUCAUUGACCAUAGCGCUGUGCAUCUCCUUCUUCAUGGAGGGGCAGUGGGGAGCCAUUCGGGUGUUUUCCUUCGCUGCUCUUUGGCGCUGGAGCUUUGUGGGACUGCUAUUUGCUGCGAAAUCUGUUCUUCUGACCGUCACGGUGGAAUCAGGCUUGCACCAUGUGAUCUUCAUCAUGAUGGAUAACCUUUAUGUGAUUGUUGCUGCCGUCGUCAGCUUCUUCGUUUUCAGCAGAUUAUAUGGAAAGCUCGAGUGGCUCUCGCUCUCCAUGCUCGUCUUGUCAUCGCCCGCUUUCUUCAUAAUGCGUGAGCGGUGCGACAUAAAUUACUGUGGCUAUUUUGAUUUCAAGAAAUCGGAUGCGAACUUUCUUGGCAUUAUUAGCGCAUUUUUCGGAAUUUCCGUUGGCGCAGUGGCAUCAGUCCUAUCCGAGCGCAUCUUCAAGAAUCUGUCGCGCGGGCUAGAGCUGGCACACCGUGACUACACCUUGCACGGCAGAUACUACAUCCAUCGAGUCCAUCUAGACUUCGUGACUUUCGUGCUCCUUGGAGCAGUCUGGACGUGGCAGUAUUACUACAACCACGGCACCUGGGGCUCCCGAACAGAUGUCAUGUUUGGAUCAUGGAGCAAGCGGCACUUCGUGCUCCUGUUUCUGACAGUUGGACAGAUGUGGUGGGCUGGGCUUGUCGUUCAACAUUUUUCGACUGUCACCAAGUCCCUCAUCCAGACCGUAGUGGGUGUCUUGAGUGCGUGCCUUGUUGACCCAAUAGUGGGAAUCACUUUGGGACACAACUGGGGCAUUCGAUCCAUUCCAUCAACGCUGAUUGCAGUUCUCGUCUUCAUAUGUGCAAUCUUGUUCCAGACUGGCAGAUUGAAUGUGAAGUUUCUGUGGAAAGCCACUGGCUUCACUCCGAAGCGAGAGCUUGGUGGGCUGCAAGCGUUCAUGGCAAUUAUAUGUCCCAGUAAUGAGCACCGUGAGGAGGCUGCGGACACGACUUCUCCACUGUGUGGCUAUGUGUUGAAGUACUCGUUACCGGUCUUGUACAUUGUCUCGAAUGCACUGCAAACGGAGUUCCAGAAUGCUGUGUCAGCAAAUCGCUUCUUUGUGCCGCAGUCGCUGCAAGUAGGCAUACCCUUCUGCGGGAUGGGCUUGGCAUGCGUACUUACGAUCAAUAUACAUGGUCUUGAGGGGCUGAAACAGGCCUUUGAUCCAAAGAACUUGCCCAAGUUCUUGCUGCUGGGAUUCCUGCAGUCGGUCGUCGGUGCGUUGGCGGGCCUGUCAAUGGGUCUCGGCAUCAACUCCUCGCUUUACGUAGCGAUGGGAAAGAUCUACACUCCACUUUCGCUGGUCCUUGGUCGCUGGAUACUGAAGCGAAAAUAUCUUUGGAUCGAAUGGUUAUCCGUCACGGCAUUGUUCGAUGCAUCCAUCACUCUUGCCUUCAUGGAUGCUGCGGUUGCUGGUAGCAAGGCCGGGAAGACCUCAAGCGUGGCUGCCAUCCUCUGCGUGGCCGCGUCGGCGUCAGUUGCGUGCAUUUAUUCGGUCAUCAUGGAGGUGGCGCUUCAGAAGACGACGACGCCUUUCAUAGUGAACAAAAUCCGGCUUGAUUUCGGGGCCUUUCUGUGGAGCAUUGCCUUCCUACCCGUCAUGGGGUACCUGGGAGUCCAGGGAGGACGCCCGGAUUUGGCAUUUUGGGUCUACAGGCCCAAACCUUACUGGGACUGUCAGCCUCUUGGAUCAUGCGACGCCACGUCAGGUGCCUUCAUAAGCUCGAAUGUCACGGCCUCCCAAGAUCUUCAAUGCGUCUGUGGUCGUGGCAUCUUGUUGGGUUGGGACUCCUGGAUUGUGUACGCCGCCCUUGCAGCUGGAGUUCUCUACAGCUGGCUGACAGGAAAGGUCAUCGAGCAUUUUUCAACGGUCAUGAGAUCCGUCUUCGAUGGCUUUCCGAUCGUUUUGCUGUGGUUUGUUAUCUCUCCAACAACAUCUCGAAUACCAUUGCAGGCCUUCCGAGACUUCUACAACUCUGGGCCUAUCCCGUACAUCAAUCGAGAUUGGGGGAAGGACCUCAUGACUAUAGUGAAUCCACUUAGUGCUAUAACGUACAUUGAAGCAGCUGCACAAGUUCGGGAAGUGUUGGAGCUUCGCAGAAACGCUGCAGACGAAGCUGAGAUAGCUGCGCUCUCGUCUGAUGACGACAGCACAGAAGGCACAACUGAGUCACUGCCGGGCGAUGAUUGUCUGUCGGAAUGGGGCAUGGGGCCCUCGCCGCCAUGUGAAGUCGGAGAUGGAGGCGAAGACGAGAUCUCCGAAGAGAUCGGUGCCGACGAGGGCCCACUUUUUGGAUGCGCAGGCUUCGACGAGGUGUGUGGAGAGCCAGGCGCUUGCCAGAAGUGUCAGAAGCCUUUGGAGCCCAUCGAGCAGAGGUUGAGGCACAACCGUCUCUGCAACGUGUGCUGCUUCCGCGAGCAGGAUCCCUUCAAGCCUGUGGAGGUCGAUCACGUCUUGUACAUGGCAGUGUUGCCUGGUCGACACCUUGCCUUCACUCUGGAGGUUCCAGAUCUUCGGUUGUGGAGAAAGCAAGGCUUCGAGGUGGAGCUGCGAGGUCUUCGCAGGCGUGCUUCCUCCGAGCCUCAGGCUUUGCAGCAGGCCUGGCCCAGCUUCCUGAGCCUUUUGGUCAACGGCAAGGAGGUUUUUGCCACGAAAGUGCCGCUCAGAGGGCACAAGCGGCGGGACGUUCCACAAAGCCUUUCUGCAAGCUUGCGGCGGGGCACAAAUUCCGUCGAAGUGACGGCAGAGGACGAAAGAAGGCGUGAUUAUCUACUCGCCGUGGUUAGGACCCUCCCUCUGAAGCCUCAAGACCUCGCAGAGGGAGUUCAGACGGCCGAGUACAAGGAAUGCCUGGAACGCGUCCAGCAGAUCCUGGUCAGCUCACGAACAUUCUCAGAUGGCUCAGAUGGGCUUCGAAGACCCACACCGUCGACCGCACCGUCGGAUGGCGACGGGGUGGAAUGCGUAGGUGAUGAGCAUCUGAAGCUCCUGUGUCCCAUCACGUUGACGCGCCCGACAACACUGCCAGUCAGAGGCAAGGGCUGCCGUCAUUUGCAGUGCCUGGACUUGGAUGCCUACCUCAUCUCAAACUAUCGGAUGAAGGCCUUCAACAGCCGCUGGCGCUGCCCAACCUGCAGCUUCGAGCUCAGGCCACGCGACUUGAUAGUCGACUCCUUCGUUCAGAUGUUGCUUGAUCAGACCGCCGAGGAGACUGAAGAGGUCUUGGUCCUACCUGAUGGAAGCUGGCGUUUGGGCGACCCAGUGCCCCAGC